UUUUACUAACCUGAACAAACAUGGUGUAUGUGACGGUGCGAUACGGAGACUGCGAGGAGGAAAUCUUUAAUCCGUUCUGUCGAGCCCGCAAUCUAUUACGGAGUAUCAAACAGAAAUGCCGGUGUAAGACUGACUUUGAUAUUGAACUUUGCGAUGAAUCCGGUAAUAUCAAAUUUCUCAGAGACGUUCCGAACAGAUAUGCUAAUGAGAUAUUGACGGAGAGGGAGACAUUAGUCCUUCUGAGAGUCGACAAAACGAUAGGAACCCCCGACACCUAUAUACCGCUACUGAAUGACGAAGAAUCUAUCAACGAUGACUUUACAGCCAGGCUAGCGGGAAGAGGAAUGUUUGACAGUCGACCCGGAAGCAGAAGAGUCAGGUCAAAUACGCGGAGACAAAAAACUGAGAAAAAUGGUGACAGAGACCGCUCCAAAGAAAAAUUAAAAUCAGCUCGUCCUGAGAAAAGGUCCAAAUCGAGACAAGGCAAAUAA